AUGAGUGUAGGUGAAGGGCUGGCGAUCAUAUGUCUGUGCAACGUGGUGACGAUCAUCACGGGUUUGUCCUUGUCGGCUGUGAGCACUAACGGACGGAUCCGAGGAGGAGGAGUGUAUUAUCUGAUCUCGCGUUCCCUGGGUCCUGAGUUCGGUGGUUCCAUCGGGCUCAUGUUCACCGUGGCGCUGAGCAUCGCUACGGCUAUGCACAUCGUCGGAUUCGCCAACGCACUCGAGGAUCUCCUUCGAGAAGAAUUCCAGACGAAAAUAGUCGACGGGGCCGUGAACGACACGCGAAUCAUCGGCUGCGGAUCUCUUCUCGUCCUUCUCUUCAUCGCUGUCGUUGGCAUCCAAUGGGUGAACCGGGCUCAGUUUAUCUUCUUGGGAGGUAUGGUCUUGUCGCAGGUGACGUUCAUCGUUGGCACCAUCAUGGGACCUAAAAGCAACGAGGAGAUUGCUAAGGGAUUCAUUGGCUAUAGUUGGGAAGUGUUGAAGAGGAACUGGGGAGCCCAAUAUUCCAGCUACGAAGGGAAGGACCAGGAUUUUUUCUCCAUCUACUCCGUGUUCUUUCCUGCCGUGACAGGGAUCGUGGCCGGGGCCAACAUGUCUGGCGACCUCAAGGACCCUUCGCAUGCGAUCCCGUUGGGGACACUAGCAGCCAUUUUCACCACCUUCUUCUCCUACUUGGCAUAUUCCAUCAUGUUGAGCGCAGUGGCCGUUCGAGAUGCUUCUGGACUCGUUUCUGAAUUGGACUGGAACGCCACGAACAUCCUAGACAGCGAAGCCUUCCAGUGCAUCGACCGUCCAUGCUCUUAUGGACUCCGCAACAGUUUCCAGGUCUUUCUCUUCGUCUUCCCAUCGCACUGUUGA